GCUAUAUAACAUGCACGCGGCAUGAAUUUCCUUUGUUCGGUUACCGGCUAGCCAACAAGUGGAAGGAGAACUGGUGCAGAGCAAUCGCAGCGUGUACGACCUAUACGAAUACGUCUCUGCACACCACCUGGCCGACAUAACUACCUACCUACGUUCUAUCCCUCAUGCUGAGGCCCGAGGCCCAAGACUACAUUAUAAUAUAAAGACCCGAAACCGAACAAACGAUCGUGAUUCAGUGUCUUCAACACCCUGCCGUCUCAUGGCCACCUGUUCCACCUGCUCCAGGGCUCUCUCCCCAGCCUCUGUCGCAAACAGAUAUACCUACCCCCGAGGGUGGUGUGUCGCAACCAUCGUAAUGCGUGUUACGGAGGAGUCUAAAAUUGUGUUUUUAUUUUGCUUUCGAUUACCUGGUCAAUGACGGUCGAGACCCUAAUUGCACGCAGUACCUCGGUGAACGGGUAAUUUUUUCGGUUUUCCUCGAUUCGUGGUUGAGAACAAAGUUUACGGGUGGUACUUUAGGGGUUGAGGUUAGGUGGGUAGGUUGGCUACCGAAAUAUCAUAUUAUGUUGUGCAAGCCACCGAUCUGAAAUCACAAUAAUAUGCGAUAUCUAUGUGUCGCGGACGUCGAGAAAGACUUUCCACAAGUCGCGUUUCGCGCGCUUCUAAAAAUAAACUACGCGGCAGACGGGACGAUAAGACAAAAGUUUCCCUCGCAGUGCAAUCGCGUGUACACGUACGAAUGUACGAUAAUCAUUAAUUAUAUUAAUAUUUAACAUUGUCGAGUACAUUUUGCACGCGGGUCCUAUACAUAUUAUAGCGGAUUCGUAAAAAUACAUCUGGAAAUAAUCGUCGCUGUCGGCUAAACUCGGAUGUAAAACCAGUCGUUUCGCGUUAUCUCGCGCGUGUACGGAUACCUACCGCGGUCGUGUAUAUACUAUAUAAAUGCGCCGUUGCUAUAGAUCUGUUUAAUUAUUACAUUGAAUUGUGAUAAAAUAGUAAUAUUGUAUUGUAUUGUCACAAAUCGCAAUCACCACCGCCGCAUCGUGUACCUGCAGACUGCGCUAAAACAUGAUAGACGAUAUCGAAUUAUUAUUAUACACCUUUGUGCCGCAGAAGCCCCAGCUGGACGGACUCACGGUCGGGCGGGGGUACGGUGUCCGACGUCUACGACGGGGUACGAGUGGUGCCGGGUCGUCCGUCGCAGCAGCGGCACAUCGUGAGUCGUGACCGUCGUCACUCGUCAGUCGUCAGCACUCGUCACUCGUCACUCGUCUGUUCGCGUAGUCGCCCGCAAACGGCCGGCCAGGGAUCCACAUACCCCGCGAAAUUGUAUCAUCCAUAUAAUCCGCAUUCCCGAGUGACGAGUGUGUUUUUUUUUUUUGAAUUUCUGUUCAUCGGACUUAGCAGACGGACGACGACGACGACGACGACGACGACUAUUCAUAUUUAAUUAUAACAUUACAAAUAUACCUACCAACGUAUUGUUAUUUUUUUUUGCAAACCGCAAUCAACAACCACCGUUUCGCAAUAACUCGUCAACAUUGGUCUCGGCAGCGGCUAUUCGACCUAAAAAUCGAAAAUUUCACAAACACUUAGGAAGUUCGCCGUCAGCUGUAGCAGGGCCGUAGCGUGGCCGGGUCUCCGCCACUGCCAAGUUUAGUGCUUCCGGGAUAAUACUAUGGCAUUAAAUCAUAGGAGACAUACUGAUAAAUGGUGGGAAACAGAAUACAGUGACAACAUACAUUCAUAUUUACAGUAUCAUGAAAUUAAAUGGAGGAUGGUAUAUGGAGCCAGAUCGCCACAAAUUCAUUUGCGGCCUGUGUUGUUAAAAACCAUUAGAAGUAUAGCCAAGUCAUGUGAAAUUUCGAAUGUAUGUGUUCAUUUGGCUGUCACCCUGAUGGAUUUGUUUAUGGAUAACCAUGAUUUAAAAUUUGAUACUAUCAUGUUAGUUUCUUUUGCAUGCUUAACAUUAGCUGCAAAGAUUGAAGAACAUUGCUUAAAUAUACCAAAGCUAAAAACCAUGCAAAAUGUCAUUAGUAAAGAUGUAACAAAUUCCCAUUUUCGUAAAGUUGAGAUGAAAAUUUUAAUGUUUUUUGAGUUCAAUGUUGCAGUACCUACAGUUGCACAUUUCAUUGAAUUUUAUAAAGACCAUUUUUACUGUGAAAAUGAUUUUUAUCAUAAUGAAUUUUCAAGCAUUUUAAAAGAUAAAUUCAAUAGAAUGAUCAUUGCAUACCAAGAUGCAUCGUUGGAAAGUAUAAAACUAAUAUCUUAUAAUCCAUCAAUGGUUGCAGCUAGUAUUAUUUUAACUACUAGGCAUACAUUAGGAUUGGUACCAUGUUGGACUGCACAAUUACGAAAAGUGACUGGAUACUUAAAAAAAGAUCUCGUGCAGUGUUGUUCUCUAUUAGGAAGAAAUGUAAUGCAGCACAGAAAGCUUGUGCCAGUAGAUGAGGGAUAUCUUAGUUCUUCUCCAGGCUUUCAAUCUCCGAUUAUCAUGGCAAGUAAAAAGAAAAGAAGUCACAUUGAUGUACCAAAUGUAAUUUUAUCAAAACGAACAGCAUUCUAAAAUUUUUACAACUGUGAUAAGUUAUCCUACAAUUAUUCCUAUAUUCCUAGUUGUGCCGGUUCACAAUGCCUAUCCUAAGUUAUUUAUUUGUUUCUACUAUAUAAAAAUAUAUUGUGAUAUUUAUUCAUAAAGCUCAAUUUAUUUUAUGAGACUGAA